AUGACAUACAACUCUGGCCAAGAAACCCCGGCUACACAUACAGCGCCACGCUGCGUCAGAGAACCGGCCAGUGUCCCGGUUCAAUUGGUCGAGGGAGCUUGGGGUUUAGUCGUCAGACCCGACUUACCCAUGCCGGAUGCUGUGAUAUUCUACAUCCAUAGUAACCUACUAUUAUCAUGUUUGCUCAGCGGAGCUUUUAUUCUCAACAUUUGGGGUCUCAUUCUCGUUUGGGCGACUCUCCGGAGCUGGGAGUCUUAUGGCUUCACUGAAGAGUCAGGCGACCGCAAAACGCACGAUUCGGGAUUAGUGUCUCGUCAGCCCCAAUUUAUCAUUCAGUAUCCACAAGGGUCACUCAAAUUCGUCUCCGACGAGCCGAACAUGCACGUUGCCAUCAUGACCUUCAAAUGCUUGACGUUUAAGGAAUAUGCGAGUCCUACCGAGCUCCUACCUGUGCGCAGGACAUAUCGACCUAUUGUUGAAAGCCCAGAAGCUGGCCAAAUACCUCAAUACCAACAGCCCAGGCCGCAAAAUCUGGGCUAA